AUGAAUAAUGCUGAAGAAAAACCUGCUGCCUUAUCCAAUGCCACAUUUGUUCGUCCUGAAAAAUUCUAUAUCAGUGGGUUUUCCAAUGUCCCUCAUGCUCAGUAUUUCUAUGCCUUCCUGUGCUUUGUCUAUAUAAUGACUAUUAUUGGGAAUGGCCUCCUCCUCUUAGUGAUUUACCUGGACAAGACUCUUCAUACUCCUAAAUACAUGAUUGUGUUCAGCCUGGCUUUGAUAGAUUUGUGUUGGAGCACUGCUCUCAUACCAAAAGUCUUGGACACGUUUUUAUCUGACAAUAGAUACAUUGUCUAUGAGGCUUGUUUAAGUUAUAUGUUCUUUGUUUUAUUAUUUUCAAGUGUGCAGUCAUGGAUACUUAUCAUUAUGGCAUAUGACAGAUUUAUAGCAAUUUGCUUCCCUUUAAGGUACCACAGUAUUGUGACUAAAAGAACGAUUGCUGCAAUGUUGCUGUGUGUGUGGGUUUUCUUUUUGAGCCUGAGAGUAUGUGUUGUGGGGCUUCUUGACCGCCUCUCCUUUUGUGGUUCUGUAGUGAUACAAAGUUUUUUCUGUGAUCAUGGACCAACAUAUCGUCUGGCCUGUAACGACAACUCAAUAAAUUCCAUAAUAUCAAAAAGUACUAUAGGUAUAAUUAUCUGUCUUCCUAUUAUAUUGAUAGCACUGACAUAUAUUUGCAUUGCCAUAGCACUGAGGAGGAUUGCAUCAGGAAAGGAACGAGUCAAAGCUUUUAAAACUUGCAUUUCUCACUUGAUUCUUGUUGCUAUUUUUUUCCUACCACUCUUGAGCACAAACAUAAUUGUUCAGAUCUCCUCCAUUAGCACUAACACCAGGAUCAUAAACUCUACUUUGACACACACUAUACCACCUUUGCUCAAUCCUAUUAUUUAUGCUUUAAGGACAGAAGAGGUGUUGAAUGCUAUCAGGAAACUUUGCAAGCCCAUCAGGUUUGCAACGUAA